UGUCCCGGCGAGACGUCGCGGACAGAGCGUGUACAUAGAAGAUGGCUCAGGGCUCAGGUGCAGGCAGCAGGCUGUGGGAACCAGUGGAGCAGGCAGCAGUCUAUUUAUCCAUCACACAGAGCACUCUGCUGGAAUAGGGGCUGGAUAUUGAGCCCCUUCUUGGACCUCCAACCCUGGAGCUCUACCUGUCACUGUUUUCAUAUUCGUUAUUCUUGAUCAAAGGGACCAUCUCAACUUGCUGUGGACCAUAUCAAUAAAUAGUUGUUUUGUAUUUGCUAUCAUUUGCACUUGUUUUUGCACUUUGCGCUGAGAAGUGGAAGCCUUCACAGCACUGGAGAUUGAGGAGUGCUGUCUGUGCCCUGCCCUGAACUGAACUUUUGCGUCUGAGCAGAGUGGAUAGCUGCUGAGGGAAGAACAGAACAAAAGAAAGAGGGGAAUCUUGUAAAGGAGAAGAGGGAAAGCCUUCCCUCUCACACACCUGUGAGGGUUCCUUCCCUGACAAAAGCACAGCUGAGGAUACAGGAGGAACACAAAGAUAACCAGGAGCUGGGAAGAAAAGGCUAAAGAGGAGACUUUGGGUCCACGCUCCAUCCAUCCAUUCAUCCCUCCUUCCACCUGUGAGGAUUAAUUGCGCUGGAGCAGCAUGGCGCAUGCCGCCUCGCAGCUGAAGAAAAAGGCGGAUGAGAACAUCAACGCUGUGGAGGAUGAGAAAGAGAAGAAGAAGGCAGCGAGGAAGCGUUCCCGGGAGCUGAAGAAAAAGACGGAUAUAAAUGCCUGUUAUCUGCGAUCAGCUCGGGCCGGGAACCUCGAGAAAGCUUUGGACUACCUGAAGAAUGGAGUCGACAUCAAUAUUUGCAAUCAGAAUGGUCUAAAUGCUCUCCAUCUGGCCUCGAAGGAGGGCCAUGUGGAGGUGGUGGCUGAGCUCAUCAAGCACGGCGCCAAUGUGGACGCAGCUACCAAGAAAGGAAACACAGCUCUUCACAUAGCCUCCCUCGCUGGGCAGAACGACGUGGUGAAGGAACUCGUCACCCACAGUGCCAACGUCAAUGCACAAUCUCAGAAUGGCUUCACUCCGCUGUAUAUGGCAGCGCAGGAGAACCACAUGGACGUGGUGCACUACUUAUUGGACCACGGCUCGAGUCAGAGCAUCGCCACUGAGGAUGGGUUCACUCCUCUGGCAGUGGCGUUGCAGCAAGGCCACGAGCAGGUGGUUUCCCUGCUGCUGGAGAACGACACUAAAGGGAAAGUUCGCCUCCCCGCGCUACACAUCGCUGCACGGAAGGACGACACCAAGGCCGCCGCGCUCCUCCUCCAGAACGACCACAACGCUGACGUCGAGUCCAAGAUGAUGGUGAAUAGAGCAACAGAGAGCGGUUUCACUCCUCUCCAUAUUGCGGCUCACUACGGCAAUAUCAACGUAGCAACACUCCUGAUGAACAGAGGGGCAGCUGUGGACUUCAAGGCAAGGAAUGACAUAACACCACUGCACGUAGCAUCCAAACGUGGGAACGGCAACAUGGUGCGGCUGCUGCUGGAGAGAGGGUCCAAGAUAGAUGCACGAACCAAGGACGGUCUGACUCCUCUCCACUGUGGAGCCAGGAGUGGCCAUGAGCAGGUGGUGGAGAUGCUGCUGGACAGAGGAGCUCCAAUACUAUCCAAGACAAAGAACGGUUUGUCUCCGCUCCACAUGGCGACCCAGGGCGACCACCUGAACUGCGUCCAGCUGCUGCUGCACCACGAGGUGCCUGUGGAUGACGUGACCAACGACUAUCUGACAGCGCUGCACGUGGCGGCACACUGCGGACACUACAAGGUGGCAAAGGUGAUCGUGGACAAGAAGGCCAACCCCAACGCCAAGGCUCUGAAUGGUUUCACCCCCCUGCACAUUGCCUGUAAGAAAAACAGAGUCAAGGUGAUGGAGCUACUUCUGAAGCAUGGAGCGUCGAUACAGGCAGUCACUGAGUCCGGUCUGACUCCAAUCCAUGUUGCAGCGUUUAUGGGACACGACAACAUCGUGCACCAGCUGAUCAACCACGGGGCUUCACCAAACACAAGCAAUGUGAGGGGGGAGACAGCGCUCCACAUGGCAGCGAGGGCCGGACAGUCUAAUGUGGUCAAAUAUCUGAUCCAGAAUGGAGCACGGGUCGAUGCCAAGGCCAAGGACGACCAGACACCGCUGCACAUCUCAAGCCGUCUUGGUAAGCCAGACAUCGUCCACCAGCUGCUGACAAACGGAGCUUUCCCAGAUGCCAUCACCAGCUCCGGAUACACUCCUUUACACCUGGCUGCCAGGGAGGGACACAGAGACAUCGCUACAGCGCUGCUGGACCAAGGAGCCAGUCUGGGAAUCAUUACCAAGAAGGGCUUCACUCCGUUGCAUGUGGCUGCAAAGUACGGCAAGAUCGAAGUCGCCAACCUGCUGCUGCAGAAAAAUGCUCCGGCUGAUGCUGCUGGGAAGAGUGGACUAACUCCACUGCAUGUGGCAGCACACUAUGAUAACCAGAAGGUGGCGCUGCUCUUGCUCAACCAGGGAGCUUCACCGCACGCCGCUGCAAAGAAUGGUUACACACCACUCCACAUUGCCGCUAAGAAGAAUCAGAUGGAGAUUACCACCACCUUGCUGGAGUACGGUGCCUCCACCAACACAGUGACCCGCCAGGGCAUCACUCCUCUGCACCUCGCUUCACAGGAAGGCAACGUGGACAUAGUGACGCUGCUGCUGGCCCGAGACGCUCCGAUCAAUAUGGGCAAUAAGUCCGGUCUGACCCCACUCCACCUGGCUGCCCAGGAGGAUAAAGUCAACGUUGCUGAGGUGUUAGUCAACCAGGGAGCUACUCUAGACCCUGAGACUAAGCUGGGAUACACUCCGCUCCAUGUGGCCUGUCACUAUGGCAACGUGAAGAUGGUCAACUUCCUGCUGAAAAAUCAGGCGAAGGUCAACGCUAAGACCAAGAACGGUUACACACCUCUCCAUCAGGCUUCACAGCAGGGACACACACACAUCAUCAACCUGCUGCUUCAUCAAGGAGCAUCGCCCAACGAACUCACAGCUAAUGGGAACAGCGCUCUGUCCAUUGCAAGGAGGCUCGGCUACAUCUCUGUCGUUGACACGCUCAAAGUAGUCACAGAAGAAACUCUCACCACGCAGACUGUUACAGAGAAGCACAAGAUGAACGUUCCAGAGACCAUGAACGAGGUGCUGGACAUGUCCGAUGACGAUGUCUGUAAAGCCAAUGUCCCCGAAAUGAUCACAGAGGACUAUAUAUCUGAUGUGGAAGAAGAGAUGGAUGUUGGAAAUAUCUGCAUCAGCUAUUCCUGUGAUGAUGCAAUGACGGGGGACACAGACAAAUAUCUAGCCCCCCAGGACCUGCGGGAGCUGGGGGACGACUCGCUCCCACAGGAGGGCUACAUGGGCUUCAGCGUUGGAGCGCGUUCACAGAGCCUGCGUUCCUUCAGUUCUGAUAGGUCCAACACAUUGAAUCGGAGCUCCUUCACACGGGACAGCAUGAUGAUAGAGGAGAUGCUGGCACCUGGCAAGGACAUGAUGCUCUGUAAGGAGAGGUCUUUCAUUGUAGAGAAACGCAACAAGCAUCUGGCGGUGGCUAAGGACUGCGAUAACGACUCUCUGAGGAGAUACAGUUGGACCCCAGACGCCCAUGAUAAUGUCAACAUAGUGUCCUUGCCAAUACACUCGGGUUUUUCCUCUCCGCUCCCGCAGUACGACAGCAGGUUCCUGGUCAGCUUCAUGGUGGACGCCAGAGGUGGCUCCAUGAGAGGGAGUCGUCACAACGGCAUGCGCAUCAUCAUCCCGCCCAGGAAGUGCACGGCGCCCACCAGGAUCACCUGUCGCCUGGUCAAGAGACACAAACUGGCCACGCCCCCUCCGAUGGUGGAAGGAGAAGGCCUGGCCAGCCGAUUGGUUGAAGUCGGUCCUGCAGGAGCUCAGUUCCUCGGGCCUGUGAUUGUGGAGAUCCCUCAUUUUGGCUCGAUGCGAGGCCAGGAGAGAGAGCUGAUCCUGCUGCGCAGCGAGAACGGGGAGAGCUGGAAGGAGCACGUGUACGACUACAAGACUGACGACCUCAGGCAGCUCCUCAGUGGGAUGGAUGAAGAGCUGGACAGUCCUGAGGAGCUGGAGAGGAAGAGAAUCUGCCGCAUCAUCACCAAGGACUUCCCACAGUACUUUGCUGUUGUGUCUCGAAUCCGGCAGGAGACCAAUCAGAUGGGACCAGAGGGCGGAACUCUGUGCAGCCGCAGCGUCCCAUUGGUUCAAGCUUCCUUCCCUGAGGGGGCGCUAACCAAGAAGAUAAAAGUUGGACUGCAGGCCCAGCCGGCACCCGACGACACUGUGAAGAAAAUCCUCGGUAACCGGGCAACCUUCAGCCCCAUCGUUACCGUGGAGCCCAGAAGAAGGAAGUUCCACAAACCCAUCACCAUGACAAUCCCAGUCCCGCCUCUUUCAGGGGAGGGGCUUACCAACGGCUACAAAGGAGACUGUACGCCAUGUCUCCGCCUUCUCUGCAGCAUCACAGGUGGUACGUCCCCUGCACAGUGGGAAGACAUCACUGGCACCACUCCUCUCACAUUCGUCAAUGACUGCGUCUCCUUCACCACUAAUGUUUCUGCAAGGUUCUGGUUAGCUGACUGCCAUCAGAUCCCAGAGACGGUGGGCUUGGCCAUGCAGCUGUACAGGGAGCUCAUCUGCGUGCCCUACAUGGCCAAGUUUGUGGUGUUUGCUAAGACCAACGACCCAAUGGAGUCCAGACUGAGGUGCUUCUGUAUGACAGACGACAAGGUGGAUAAGACCCUGGAACAGCAGGAGAACUUUGAGGAGGUGGCCAGGAGCAAGGACAUAGAGGUUCUGGAAGGCAGGCCCAUUUAUGUGGACUGCUAUGGAAACGUGGCUCCUCUGACUAAAGGUGGUCAGCAGUUAGUUCUUAACUUUUACGCCUUCAAGGAGAACCGUCUGCCCUUCUGUGUCAAGGUGAGAGACCCCAGCCAGGAACCCUGCGGUCGUCUUACGUUCCUCAAAGAGUGUAAGACCAUAAAAGGCCUUCCACAAACUGCUGUUUGCAACCUGAACAUCACACUGCCAGCAGUGAAAAAGGAAAUGGAGUCAGAUGCCGAGGACGAGACUGAAAAGCCAGAGCGACGUCAUACCUUUGCAUCCCUAGCCUUACGUAAGCGCUACAGCUAUCUGGCCGAGCCUGCACUGAAAACGGCCGUUGAGCAGCGGAGCACAACAGCAAGAACACUGCCUGCUGGUUACCCUCACAAACCUGUCUUUCCAACCAGACAUUACCCACCAUGGUCGACUGCUCCUAUUACCGUCCCUGGCCAAACAAGGCCAGUCGGAGUGGGGUGUUCCCUCACAUGUACCGAUUCCCCGGCAGGCUCACCAGCUGCUUCUCCAUUGAAAACCUCCUGGCCCCUAUCUUCCCCUUCACCUGCAUGCGCUGCAACAAUCAGAACUACCCUGGGAGCUCCACCACCACCACCACCUACUCAAGUUAAACCUGUUGAUGACAAUGUGUUCUCAUCCCCCAUCAGGUCUUACAGGACUAUGCCUUCACCCAUUAAAACUGUUGUCCAGCUGGGUCAGUACCCUGUACAGGGGUCUGCCAGCUUUGUGUCUUCUGGAAGCCCAUGUAAACUUGCCACAGACCCAGCAUCUAUCAAAAACCUUGCUUCAGCAUACACAUCAAGGACUUCCCCACUUCACUCCAUACCAAAUGGUUCUGUACCAGAGAGGUCAUCAGCUUCUCUUACUGCUCCAGCAUCGCCAAAGUCAUCCUACAACUUGUACAAUUCUAAUUUGCCUUUUAAAACUGCCCUUGGGUCCACAAUUGUGACAGAUUCCUCUGUUAAAAGCAUGUCAGGCCUGUCCUCGUUAAAAACCUCUGUAGAUUCAACACUUGCAUCGAGAGGAGGAAGAACCUCCCUCUCAUCACUCUCCUCAACUGGACAGACAACCAUAGCUUCCUCAGAAUUGUCCACGAUGAAUGGAUCAGUCUCUCCAAUUAAAUAUCCAUCCUCUUCCUCCACACCAUCCUCCCCUUCGUCUCGCAAUCUCUCGGAGAGAAGUAGCAGCCUUCAGGAGAGAAUACAGGCCACCACCCAAGCAGCAACCUCUGGUGUUAGCGCAGCCAUAAAUGAAGCUAUAGACUCUUGUUCUGUGUCAGGCUAUGGCACUAUUAGAUCGUUGUCCACCUCACGCAGGUCUGCAACAGCAAGCUCUGCUUAUGUUUCUUUGAGAUCUGUAGCCGCCUCCUCCAGUUUGGCAGUUUCUUCUAACACACUAACUGUACCAGUGUUUUCGUUAGUCAUUCCAGAGACCCCUGUCAAACCAGGGCCAGGGUCUCUCAAAAUGGCACUGCCUGAUUCUUCCCGUGCCUCAUCUUCAUUUUCUUCCUCUUUGUCUUCCUGUGUUACUGGAUCAAAAAUAAAGUCCCAACUUAAAUCCCCUCCGUUUAUCACGCCGCCCAUCAUCCACCCAACGGGAACUUCCAACCAAGAGAUACUAAAAGAUGUAGCAGACAUGAAAGAGGAUCUGAUCAGAAUGACGGCUAUCCUACAGAUUGACACACAGACUGCAGCUAAAACAGUUCAAACAUCUCAAACUGGCACUCCUAAAGAAACCAAGUUAGAGGAUGAGGAGCCAUUUACGCUAGUGGAGAAAGUUAAAGAAGACUUAGUUAAGGUCUGUAGGCUAUUACAGAAAGAUAUCAAGACUGAGAGUAGGGUUAAUGCAGGUAAAGACAGAGCAUCUGAGGAUGAAUGGGAAGAAUUUUCCAAAGAUGAAAUUGAGGAGGCGCAAAGUUGUGCCCUCUCAGACAAUUACCCUCCUUUUGAGGAAAACACUCUCCUGCUGAAGCCGCAGUCCAUUUCAAGCAAAGACUUACAGUUGAGUAAAGUAGUAGAUUAUUUAACAAAUGAUAUUGGCGCCAGCUCUCUUUCAAGAAUGGCAGAGUUGAAAAGUAGGCACGAGGAGGAGGCAAAAAGGGAAGGGGAAGAAAAACAGAAACGUGUUCUUAAACCAUCAAUGUCAAUACAAGAGCACAAACUCAAAAUGCCUCCGCCUGUCUCAGGCAUGCUCAGGUCUCCAUCAGAGAAGGACCUAAGUAAACUUUCUGAGUCAUCAUAUCAAGGGAGUGACACUAUCUUGGAGUCCCCAGAGGACCUCUCUCACGAGCAGGAUAAGAGUCCCCUGUCAGACAGCGGGUUUGAGACAAGGAGUGAAAAGACACCCUCUGCUCCUCAGAGUGCAGAGAGUACAGGACCAAAGCCUUUAUUCACAGAUUUGCCCAUUCCUCCCUCUGUUACUGAAACCAGGACUGAAGCUGUCCAUAUGAGGGGCUUUGAACAACUUGAUGAUCCUUCUGGGCCUAUACUCAUUGAGGAAGCUGCAUGUGCUUUCCCCUCUUUAGAGCCAGAUGCAGCUUCAAUGAGCUCCAUGAAAGCCUUACAAAUGAAAAUACCGGAAGAAAACAAAAGUGUGUGUCUUAAAGAGGAAACUCAUAUUACUACUACUACUAGAAUGGUCUAUCAUAAGCCCCAACUGACUGAUUGUGCAGAGAUGAUAGAAGAAGGUAUGUCAGUUAGAGAUAUCAUGAAAGCAUUCCAGUCAGGUAGGGACCCAUCUAAAGAUCUGGCAGGCCUUUUUGAACACACGGCUAGUCAGGAUUCAGUCAAAGGUGAUGAGCUGACUCCUAGGUUUCUUGACAGAGACAUUAAAUCUAAACCUAAAGUCGAAAGGAUAAUUGAGGUUCAUAUUGAAAAGGGCCACAGCACAGCAGAACCGACUGAGGUUAUUAUCAGGGAAACCAAGAAACACCCUGAGCUUUAUGUCUACAAAGGUGACCAUGGGAUUAAGGAACUAACGGAUGACUAUGAAGCCCAACAGGAAGAGGAGGAGCUUACUGUUGAGGAAUCCCUGCCCUCCUUUCUAGAUACAUCUCGCGUCAACACCCCAGUGUCACAGGAGGAGGACAGUCGCCCAAAUUCUGCCCAGUUGAUAGCAGAUGAUUCUUAUAAAGCCCUAAAACUAUUGAGCCAGAACUCCAUAGAAUACUGUGAUGAUGAACUAUCAGAAAUCAGAGGCGAGUCAUAUAGGUUUGCUGAGAAAAUGCUCCUCUCAGAGAAACUUGAAACAUCAUCACUGUCUCACUCUGACACAGAGGAUUCAGCAAUAGUGACUGACAAAAAACGCCACCAAGUUUCUGAGGAGAGUUGUAGCCGUGGUACUGAGAGUCAGCAACAUGGAAGCCCAAAAAGAGAGUUUGCUUCUAAGUCUUCAAAAGAUGGGUCCCCAAUAUCUGGUACAUUUGUGCAGCGGGAUGAACCAUCUCAGUUUGAUAAGGUGACAGUGCUUCAUUACUCCACAGAGCAGGGCAGCCCAAAACAUGCUGUUUGGAUGCGAUUUACAGAGGACAAACAUGACAGGAGCAGGGAUAAGCUUCUUUAUGAGGAUAGGGUGGAUCAAACUGUAAAGGAAGCUGAAGAAAAACUUAGUGAGGUAUCACAGUUUUUCCGUGACAAAACAGAAAAGCUCAAUGAUGAAUUGCAGUCUCCUGAGAAAAAGCCUGUUAGACGAGAGCCAAAGGAACCCAGGUCAUGGCCUAGCUCAGCUUGCAGUACCCCUGAGAAAAUACUACAGAAACCUAAAGCAGAGGAGGGCUUCAAUAAAAGCAAACUUAAAGAGCCUUCUGUUGGGAAAAUGUUUGACCGUACCACUACAACAGAAAAUAAAAGUUCUAGCUUACCAAGCAGUCCCCAGAAAAGCAAGCUCCCUCAUAGCAGUGAGGAUAAAAUUAAACCACAAACAAAAACCAGUGAGUCUGAACCCUCUUCACCCUCUAAUGUAAAAUCAACAUCCAAAGUCAGUGCUGUGAGGAUGAAGUUUGAAUCUGAAGCUCAGAAACAAACUCAGUCUAGUCCAACCAAAGUCCCUCCCCCGGUGCAGCCAAAACCAUCAGUAAAGAAACUACAGGAUAGCAAACUUCCUGUUUAUCAAUUUUUUACUGGAGGAACAACUUCAAAAGUAUGUGAAACUUUAGAAGAAGUAACCCCAGCAAUGGAUAUAGAGAAGGACACAUGUGCUGCCACAGACAGUAAAGCUGCUUUAAAAUCGCCAACAUCUAAAGCCCCAAAACAAACAAGAGACAAGUCACCAAAUAAAAAUAUUGCAGAGCCCCCGUUGCAAAGACAGAUUUGUGAAACUGAGAGUCAUAAAGCAACUACUCAAGGUAAAGAUAUAUCUUCCGCUGUUACUCGGGACAUCAAAGAAAGCAAUAAAAGUCAAAAGGUCCAGGCCGCUGUUGUCCAUAAUAAUACCAAACUAUUAGAGAAAAAUGGUGAUGCUACAAAGUGUCAACAAGUCACAAAAACUGAGUCUGCUUCCAAAGAAGCGAUAGCUGAGAUUUUGAGAAAAGACACAGAAGAAAUACUGAAUAAAAACCUUAGGAAAAAGACAGAAUCCCAAAUUCCUGUAAGAUUGCCUUCUACUUUGGAUAAUGACCUCACAAAGAAACAGACAAAACCUUCACAGAUACCUACAUUAUCUAAAAGCAAAAUACAGACAAGCCCUGUGACAACCCCAAUAAAAACCGAUGAAAAUCGGACUUUUGAAAUUUUAGAUAAUGCACCCAGAGACUCCAACUCGAAUAACCUUUCAAGCCCUAGAGACACACUGGAGAAAGUCAUAACCCCUCCCACUACUACAACAACCAAAGAUAAUUUUAAAGGAAUCAAAACAUUACCUGUUUAUGUCAGUGUCCAGGUCGGAAGGCAGGCAGAGAGGGAAGCCAAGGGGGCACUUUACACAGUCAAGCAGAAAUCUAAUUUGGCCCUCAGCCCCAUAAGCCCUGACGAUGAUACACUAGAACAGGUAUCUUUCAUAGAUAGCUCAGGGAAAAGCCCCCUUACACCAGAGACCCCCAGCUCUGAGGAGGUCAGCUAUGAUCUCACGACCAAGAGCCCUGAUGGCUUUAUGGGAUUCAUGCUAGGACAACCCAGUCCUAUCAUGGAGGUAUCUGAAGAAUCAGAGGAAGAUAACCAAAGCAAAGUUGUUUUCUCUUUUAAAGAGGCCCUACAAGAAAGCAAAACUAGUGCUCACAGCACCCAAGCAGACCUUGCAAAUGCUAAUGAGCAAGAAUCAAAAGAUAAUGAUAACCAGCAGGAAGUAGUUGAUGAUUCCAACCAGCAAGAAACAGAAGCUAAUGGCAAGUAUGAUCGAAUGACAGAGCAUGAGCAUCAAGAGGUCUCAAAAGACAAAGGUAUUGCUUAUAUUGAGUUCCCUCCCCCUCCUCCUCUGGACUCUUCUUCAGAAAAGUCAGACGGAGAAAGGAAGGGUUCAUGUGCCUCUUCAGAUACUGAGACAGAAAUGAUGGAGGUGAACUUACAGGAAGAACAUGACAAGCAUUUGCUAACAGAGCCAAUAAUACGUAUCCAACCUCCUUCGCCUGUGUCCCCAGGGGAAGAUGACAGUCAAUCAAAUGAUAAAGAGGAAGAUGAUGAUGGGUCAAUCUUUCAACCAAUUCCUUGUAAGAAACUUAGUUUCAAAGGUGCUGAGGAUGAAGAGAAGAGGAAGGAGAAAGAAAAGGCCUCAAUACCCCAAAAAAAUGACAAAAACGGAAACAACAAGGAAUCUAAUGGUGAGACAAAUGGCUCUAAUGGUUCCAAUGGUUGUAAAGGCUCUAAUGGCAAAGGAGAGGAAUAUGACUAUGAACAAAAUGGAAAUGACCAGUCAAUCACAGACUGUUCUAUAGCCACAACUGCAGAAUUUUCUCAUGACACAGAUGCGACAGAAAUAGAUUCCCUGGAUGGAUAUGAACUUCAAGAUGAGGAUGAUGGACUGUGUGAGCAGGCAGAUUUACAUCUGUUUGGCCUUCCAGACAGUCGGAGAGACGUCUGGGCAACAGACACAUUUAGGUCCACAGACCGCUCUUUUCCUCCAACCAAACUGGAAGUUAUUGAAGAGGAGAAAACCCCAGAGGAAUGUCAAAAGGACACAUUCAAAAAUGAUUCCCCCCCUAAUGGUGGGUCACCUGAUGGUGUUAGUAAGGAUGGGGUGAACGGUCAAGAACAAAAUAAGUCAGAUAAGGAGGGCUUUUCAGACACUUACUUCAGUUAUAAGUUAGAAGAGGAGUUUAACUCUCCUUUUAAGACUGUUGCCACAAAGGGGCUGGACUUUGAUCCCUGGUCAAGUAAAGGUGGAGAAGAAGAAGUUGUUGACAUGGGAGGGACACAGGGAAGCAAUGGUGAGCCUAAGCCUUUUGGACUGGCAGUGGAUGACCAGUCUCAGGCUACAACACCAGACACUACACCAGCCCGAACACCAACAGACGAUAGUACGCCGACGAGCGAGCCAAACCCAUUCCCCUUCCAUGAAGGGAAAAUGUUCGAGAUGACACGCAGUGGUGCGAUUGAUAUGAGCAAGAGGGACAUGGUGGAGGAGAGGCUCCAGUUUUUUCAGAUUGGUGAGCAUUACUACUCGGCGGGCAGGUACAGGGUUAGGGAUUCAGAGGUUGAUUCCUCCUUGCAACAUGGGGACUUUAAUAUUCAGGAUCCCACAAAUAUUUUACUAAUCCCUCAAAUAUCCAUUCAGACUACUACUGUCCAGCUAGAAAUAUCAAAUCCGACUGCCAGUUACACCACAUGCAGAGACUCAACUUCCAAUAUGGAGCCAACAUUCUCCACCUUUAGAACAGGAUUCAAGGUGUCAACUGAUAAACCGUCUAAUGCUUCAAAUAGCAGUUCUAAUUGUAGAAUACCAAACAUCUUUGAUCACUCGAAUGACACAACCUCAGAGACAACUGUAGAUAGUUAUUAUUCUGUAACCUCAAACUAUACAGAUUAUCCUACUUUUGAUACAUCAGGUGUGACAGAUAACUAUUUGAAUAAUAGACCAUCAGGCAUCACAGAUUAUUAUACUAAUCAAAGAAUUCCUUCAGGUACUUCCAACCAUUUGGAUUGGAAAAAUCACACUUAUUACCAAAGCGCAGAUUCGUCUUCUGCAUCCUCACAACAGAUUAGCAAUCCCCAAACAUGGAGCAACAAAGCCAGUAGAAACAUCCCUGACUCCCAUUGUGUCCAUUCAGACAUCAUUCAGGUGGGCGGCAGUAUUGCGUUUAACUUGUUGUCUGCUUCAGGGUCAACUCUGCUGGAGGUCAGCAGGAUAGAACCAUCUUUCAGCCAGCUAGAAAACAGCAGGGAGGGCAGGGAUUAUACCAAUAUAGCAAUAACAAACACAGGAGCCAAAGAGGUCAAAGGCAAGAUAUGCAAAUCCAGAUUACCAUUAUGGGCGCCUAGCCACAAAAUAUGCAGUGAAAGUCAACAAGUAGUAAAAGAUCAUGUAAGAAAACAUUCAAUUAAUAAUUUCAGGGAAAGACUAGACCCUUUUAAGAAUGUAAUUCCUAAAUCAAGAAUUCCAGUAAUGAAAUCCAUGAAAAACUCCUCUGUUUCCCAGGAGAAAAAGCAGGUUCAAACUCAAUCUGUGGUUAGUAAUAGAAGUCCUAAAACAGACAGGAGUAAUAAACAACCAAGUACAGGCAGAGUGAGUACUGAACACAGAUGCAGUUCAGUAAAAACCGCUGGUAUAGGUAGCACAAAUGAGACGAGGAGAAAAAACAGUGCAGUGUUCUCAAAAAACGUUAAAACAAGGUUGGUUAAUAGCCAGGCAGGAAAACAUUUGGACCAAAGAAUUGCCAAGGAGGCUGAAAGAAAGUUAGAAGGGAAAACACUGCCCACUGAGGACGAAGAGAGCUGCAGCCACAGCACUACCAGGAACACUUCCUUGUCAGAACCAUCUAGAGUUUCUAGAAGUUCCCGCCCUUCACGCACCUCCACCUCCACCAGCACCACCACAUCAACAACAUCUGCUAGAGAUGUGAGAACUGAGGUUGAGCAGGCCAGCAGUGAGAGGAGGAUGAGGAGGAGCAGGAGGAAGAGUAGGCGGACACUUGGGAAGGAGCAAGAGCAGAAGGAGGAAGGGAAUCAGGUUGAUCAACCAAUCACGGCUCCUGUCACAGAUAACCAGACUAGCCCUCAGAGUCCCUGUGAGAGAACAGACCUUCGCAUGGCAAUAGUAGCCGACCACCUCGGACUCAGCUGGACUGAGCUGGCCAGGGAGAUGGAUUUCUCUGUGGAUGAGAUCAACUUUAUCAGAGUGGAGAACCCCAACUCCCUGACAGCACAGAGCUUCAUGCUCCUUAAGAAAUGGGUGUACAGGGACGGUAAAAACGCCACAACGGAUGCUUUAACUGCGGUGCUGACUAAGAUCAAUCGGUUGGAUAUUGUGACUUUGCUGGAAGGGCCCAUAUUUGACUACGGUAACAUUUCAGGCACACGCUGCUUUGCCGAUGAUAACGCAGUAUUCCCGGAUCAGUCCGAUGGAUACGACAAUAUAGACCUGGAACUGCAAACCCCCACAGAACUGAACUCCCAGCCCCUCACCCCUCUUCGCCCAGAUGACUUCUUUAGUGAGGGCGAAGCUAGCGCAGACUCCCCUAGCAAGAUCACGCUUACUAGACCUAGCGACCUCUCUCUCACUCAGACCACCAGUACUUCCAGCAGUGACCCCCCCACAGUCGCCCCAGGCCCCACCUCCAGUGUCGCUCAGCCCCCCAUUGUUGGGGCAGAAGAUACAGCGUUGACCAGUGGAGAAGUAGAGAUUUCUAAGGAAGAAAAGACAGGGCUGGUUUAUUAUGACAGGCCAGAUAAUGACAGAAGGGCAGUAGAGCAAUCAGGAAAGGGACCACAGGGGUACGCUGAGGCCUUAGAGGAAGAACUGAAGGCAGAGGAACAAGGUGUUUUGGAGCGUCAGGGAGAGGAUGCCGCCUCAGAAACACCUCAUGGGAAUGGAAGGCAUGAAGAAGAGGAAGAGGAGGAGGAGGAGGAGGAGAUGACCCCGGAGAGGCUGCAGAGUCUGCUGGACGAUAUAAAGCUGGAAGGAGGCUUGGAGGACGAGGAGAUGACAGAGGAGAGGAUGAAUGCUAUUCUCGAUCAAUUGCACCAAGCAGAAAAAGACGUGUGUUCAGUUCCAGGCUGGAGAAAUGAGACGUCCGGCGCAACCGCCGAGUCAGCAGCCCCCGGCCUCAGCCCCGGCACCGAGGACGGCAGCCCCGACAGUCUGGCUGAUUCUUUGGAGCAGCCCCCGGCUAAGGCCAACCGACAGAACGGAGGUCACAUCGACACCGUCAGGGACGGAAAGGAAAAGGAAGCCAAGAGGAAGGGAUCUCAGGAGGACAGCAGCACAGCGGGACCAAGCGGAGGACGGGAGGAGGGAGGAGAAAGGUCCCAGCACAAAGUCCAGGGAGAGAAAGCCAGAAACAUUCCUGGGGAGUCUGUGACGGAGGAGCAGUUCACAGAUGAAGACGGGAAUCUGGUCACCAGAAAAGUGAUCAGAAAGGUGGUGCGCCGUGUGUACAACACGGCUGAGAGGAGGGAAAGUGAAGGCGAUAUUAUUACAGAAGACGGAGCUGGUGUUGGUGGUGGUGGGGAUGGUGUAGCCACAGGUGGAGCAGAUGCUGCCUCUUCUUCAGGAUCCAAGGGGGGGAAGAGCAAGAAGAGGGGGAAGCGCUCCCGGCAUGCCAACAAGGCUGAGAAAUCUGGAGAAAAAACUGAGCCUGGAGACAGUGCCAAUAAGAAACAAGGGAAGAAGAGUCAGUCAUAACAGUAGAGCACUCAACUCAAGCAGGUCCAUGAGGUCCAUCUGCAACUCUAAACACGCCCUGGGAGGAAAGACAAGACUGGAAGCCUCGUCAAUCGGCCAAAAACGUGUCUGAAGCUUUCACUUACAACGCAUGGUUUUCAGCAAGACAACAAGCUAAACUUUUCUUUGAUUUCGCAUGAGCAUGUCACCACAACUCACUCACUGUUGGAAACAACACGGGAGAGACACACACGGACGUGAGCUGGAGCUUUCUUACAUGAUCUUUAACCAAUGGAAGGCGUGUGUGACCAAAGAUGGCAUGAACAAGGAAAACUAAACGCUGACAGAUAAGGAUUCACUCUCUCUCCCAGACACUCGCCUUAUAUGGUCUAUUCUUUCCUCCUGGACCCGCAGUAUUGGGGUGUACCAUGUGGUUCUUUCUUUUUUUUAAAUGAAAUAUAAUAGUAAAUGGGUGAUUUUUGUUGUAUAUAAAUGACACUGUAUAAAAUGAAAACAAAAAAAUAGUAAUCAGUAGCUUCACAGAUUGUUUAUGCACUGAUUUGAGUGGAAGCUUUGCCGAGUCGGUGCGUUUGUAUUGAGGUCGACACUGUUUGAGCAGCCUUGAGAGUGCGACCUGACACGCUCCUCCUAAAUGAAUUUAAAAAAGAACAACAAAAAAGCUGUAUGUAAAGAGAAAGGAAUGGAAAACAAAUAAUACUUGCUUGAUUUUAAAAGGACGUUUCUUCAAAAGCCAACAUCUACUUCCUGUGGAACAUUAUUUGUCUUCAGAGAAAUAAUAUUUUGCUGCAUGUGACGUCACCUUAUUUUAAACGCUUUCCUUUAAUUUUCCUCCUAAUUCAAAUACACUGUAAUACAAUUAGAGAGAUGUUACUUCUGUCUUUGAUAGCACUCAUAAUAACCCAACCAUGUGUCAUCUAUAACCGUUUUUUAUGAACAUGUAAACACACGCACAGCGAGGUGCUGACGUUGUCCCCGAUGUAACCUGCAGAGCGUUGUGUUUUCUCCUAACUGCUAGCAGCCCUGUGUGUGUGAAACAUCAAAUACAAAUGUCUAUAUGUAAGCCCAUCAUGCACACUAGGAGUCUACGUUUAAGCUUUUAGGUCUGCUGUGAUUUUAAAAAGGGGACUUUUAUUUUGACGGUUUGAUGACUUUUAUCUUUAUUUAACAGGUUGUAUUUACAUAAGAACACAGAAUGUAAUUUUUUUAGCCCCAUUAUCCAAUUUGUAUUAAUGGCUAAAUCCCAUUGUUAGAAAUCUGAUCUACGGUUCUUGUGAAAUUUAAUUUCUUCUCUCUGUAUGUCUUUUUUCAUACGAAACCACCUUAAGCAUUAAGUUAAUGAUGAAUCUGGUACCAACAUGUAUGACAAACCAACAUAGCCUACACUGGAUGAUCCAAGUCAUUAUUUAAGCAGAAAAAUAAAUGGUGUUUAACUGAU